ACCUAACUACGCUUCCAUUGCCAACUGCCGGUACUUAGCCCCCAUCUGUAAUGCAUUUCUACAUAUUUCCCUUAUUCCUGGACACCUGACAAGCCCCCGUAGCCCAUUCCCAGGCUGUCACAUGGUUCCGUGACGACUGAGCUUCCCAGACACUGGCUAGCGGCUACAGCUUACACACUUCCCCAUGUGACAUUCCGCUCCCGCCCACAUCUUGGUCACAUGGUUGUGACAUCACCACUUCCUCACAGGCGUUCCAUUCUAGAGCUGGAAGCAGAGUGAUUAUGCCGACGACCCAGCAGUCCCCCCAGGAUGAGCAGGAGAAGCUCCUGGAUGAAGCAGUUCAGGCUGUAAAGGUUCAGUCUUUCCAGAUGAAAAGAUGCCUGGAUAAAAACAAGCUGAUGGAUGCUCUUAAACAUGCCUCUAACAUGCUGGGUGAGCUACGGACAUCAAUGUUGUCUCCAAAGAGCUAUUACGAGUUGUACAUGGCUAUAUCGGACGAACUGCACUAUUUAGAGGUGUAUCUCACAGAUGAGUUUGCAAAAGGAAGAAAAGUAGCUGAUCUCUAUGAGCUUGUACAAUAUGCUGGGAAUAUUAUCCCCAGGCUUUACCUGCUGAUCACUGUUGGAGUGGUAUAUGUCAAGUCUUUUUCCCAGUCGAGGAAGGACAUUCUGAAAGAUAUGGUAGAGAUGUGUCGUGGUGUCCAACAUCCUUUAAGGGGGCUCUUUCUCCGGAAUUACCUUUUGCAGUGCACCAGGAAUAUUUUGCCAGAUGAGGGGGAGCAGACAAAUGAGGAAGUGACAGGAGACAUAAGUGACUCAAUGGAUUUUGUGUUACUGAACUUUGCGGAAAUGAACAAGCUGUGGGUGCGAAUGCAGCACCAGGGUCACAGUCGAGACAAAGAGAAAAGGGAGCGCGAGAGACAGGAGCUUCGAAUCUUGGUGGGAACAAACUUAGUCAGACUAAGCCAACUGGAAGGUGUCAACGUGGAGAGAUACAAACAGAUUGUGUUGCCUGGAAUAUUAGAACAAGUUGUAAACUGCAGAGAUGCUCUCGCGCAAGAAUACCUCAUGGAGUGCAUAAUUCAGGUUUUUCCAGAUGAAUUUCACCUUCAGACCCUAAACCCUUUCCUUAGAGCUUGUGCUGAGCUCCACCAAAAUGUGAAUGUGAAGAAUAUCAUUAUUGCUUUAAUUGACAGGCUAGCUCUGUUUGCACAUCGGGAAGAUGGGCCUGGAAUACCAGCAGAUAUCAAGCUGUUUGAUAUUUUCUCUCAGCAGGUGGCCACAGUAAUACAGUCCCGGCAGGACAUGCCUUCAGAAGAUGUGGUUUCCUUACAAGUGUCCCUCAUUAAUCUUGCCAUGAAAUGCUAUCCAGACCGAGUUGAUUAUGUCGAUAAGGUCCUUGAAACAACUGUGGAAAUCUUUAACAAACUCAACCUCGAGCACAUUGCCACAAGCAGCGCUGUUUCCAAGGAACUUACCAGACUUUUAAAAAUACCUGUUGAUACCUACAACAAUAUCCUGACUGUGUUGAAGCUGAAGCAUUUCCAUCCUCUCUUUGAAUAUUUUGACUAUGAGUCUAGAAAGAGCAUGAGUUGCUAUGUUCUUAGCAAUGCACUGGAAUACAAUACAGAGAUUGGCUCCCAAGAGCAGGUGGAUGCUAUCAUGAACUUGGUUUCAACGCUUAUACAGGAUCAGCCUGAUCAGCCUGCAGAAGAACCAGAUCCAGAGGACUUUGCAGAUGAACAGGGUCUUGUAGGCAGAUUUAUUCACCUGUUACGAUCAGAUGAUCCUGACCAACAGUACUUGAUUUUAAACACAGCUCGGAAACACUUUGGAGCGGGUGGGAAUCAGCGAAUACGUUUCACGUUGCCGCCAUUAGUUUUUGCUGCCUAUAAGCUUGCAUUCCGAUACAAGGAAAAUGCCAAAGUGGAUGACAAAUGGGAGAAAAAAUGUCAAAAGAUCUUCUCCUUUGCACAUCAGACAAUCAGUGCAUUGAUUAAAGCUGAACUGGCGGAGUUGCCCCUUAGACUUUUCCUCCAGGGUGCAUUGGCAGCCGGCGAAAUUGGAUUUGAAAACCAUGAGACAGUGGCCUAUGAAUUUAUGUCUCAGGCUUUCUCCCUUUAUGAAGAUGAAAUCAGUGAUUCUAAAGCACAGCUAGCAGCUAUCACGUUAAUAAUUGGAACUUUUGAGAAGAUGAAGUGCUUCAGUGAGGAGAACCAUGAGCCUCUGAGAACACAGAGUGCGCUUGCGGCUUCCAAGUUACUGAAGAAGCCUGACCAGUGCAGAGCAGUUAGCAUCUCCGCUCACCUCUUCUGGUCUGGGCGCAACACAGACAAAAAUGGCGAGGAGAUUCAUAGUGGCAAGCGAGUCAUGGAGUGUUUGAAGAAAGCUCUUAAGAUCGCUAACCAAUGCAUGGAUCCCUCUCUCCAAGUCCAGCUCUUCAUCGAAAUUCUGAAUAGAUACAUUUACUUUUAUGAAAAGGAAAAUGACGGGGUCACUGUCCAAGUUUUGAACCAACUCAUCCAAAAAAUCAGAGAAGACCUUCCAAAUCUGGAUGCCACAGAGGAAACUGAUCAAAUAAGCACCCAUUUUAAGAACACACUUGAACAUUUACGCCUGCGGAAAGACUCACCAGAGGGCGAUGGUCCAAUAUACGAGGGUCUUGUUCUUUAGACAGAGAACCCGCUUCAUGUUUGACCUAAUCCUUUCUUUCCAUUAACAUAAAUGUUUGUAUCUUUUUUGUUUUUGUUAUGCCUUUUGACUUUCUUACUCAAAUUAUAUUUUUUCUCCAUAGAUUGUGCCUUUUGGAAAUGCCAAGUAGACAGACCGUUAAUUUCCAUUUUAGAAACUCCUUUAAGCACUUGAAUGCAUUAACUUAUCUAUGGCGAAUGGAGGGGCCUUCAGAAUGGGCCAUGAAGCGUAUAUUUGGCACUAGGUAGUACAUCUUCUGAUCAUUGAGUAACCCUUCUAAUGUUGUAGGGGAUUACAGAUGCCUUACACAUUUACUAUUCAGGGCCACUGUAUUGGAAGGUGAAGCUGUCAAGCUCAAAACCAUAAAAGCGGUUAGCCUUUCUAGUAGAGUGGGCUUUAUUGGAAAUAAAAAGUCUGUUCUGUCUGCUGCUGUUUUUUCCUAUACUGUACUGCUGGAGAACCGAUCUUAUAUCUCCUCUGUGCUGUAUAAUUGGCUUAGAGUAUUAUGGAGUAUCUCACCUAUGAGUCACUGUUUGUGGGCUUAAGCUGUUGGUUUCAUUUAAAGCAGGAACAGCUGUGCAUUGUACCCUAACACCCUGUCUCUGUUAAUGCAUGCCUAGAGAUGUUUCAAACGCCAUGUUUCAAAAAGAGAAGCUAUAUUUUGCAUAACAAAGUUCUGUGACGUUCAGUUGAGAGCCAGUACUGUGCGCAGAACUUAUUUAUCAAUAGAGUUUUGUUCUAUAUAGUAUAAAAUUGAUUGCAACAGAGAAAAUGUGUUAUCUAUAUAGUGUAUGUAUUCCCAUUGCCAUUGUAAAUUUAGGGAUAAAUCAUCGCACAUUUAUUUAGGCUCAUCAUUUGCAUCUGUGAUAUAAUAAAAUUGCUAUUAACAGGUUA